AUGCUCGUGAUGCGUAGUUUUUUUAUUCUUUUAUUUGUAACUCUUUUCGUCGGUGUCCUCGUCUUGGACUGGUAUCUUGCUGGUACAAUACCAUGGUCUCGCUAUGAAUCGAGUACACAACAGUCGAUCGAUGGUGUACCUUUUUGUGAACAUGAUAGAUCACAGAAUUUUUUACGUGAAAGAGUCAAUUCACUGUCCGAUUUUAGUUUUCUCGGUGUCGGAUUUUAUAUGCUUGUUCAAUCAAUUGAAACAAAAUCAAAUAGUCUUACAAAAACAAUAAUUUUAUCCGUAAUAAAUGGACUGACCAAUUGUGUACAUGCAUUUGGAUCAUGGCUUAAUCAUGCAUGUCGAUGUCAAUUCGGACAUCGACUUGAUGUAACAGGCAUGUGGCUUGUCACAUCGUUCAUUACACUUUAUAGCGUUAUGCAACACAUACGCAUUGAAAAUAAAAAAGUUACUCUUUUUCUGUUUACAUUUAUGUUUCUUCUCAUUGCUUACAUAUUCUGGCAUGCCAGUGAUGUCUAUUAUCCGAAAUCAUACGAUAACAGAGAAAAAAUAUUAGUAAUAGGAUGUAUUAUUAUGUUUCUUAUUUCUGAAUUUGUCUAUAUGAAAUUUUCAAAAAUGAAAAAAAAACAAAUGAAAUUACUUGGUUUUGGUUUAACGAUGAUUUUAAUAGGUGGACUUUGUGGACAUUUGGAUGUAACAAAAAUUAUUUGUUGGCCUAAAUCCUGGUUUCAACUACAUGCUUUGUGGCAUAUUUGUGCUGCGUGCUCAGUACUCUGCGCAUACGAAUACUUUAGAUGCGAAAACAGUGAAAUUGUUAAUCUUGUUCAUCUUGAUUGA